CCCGGAGUCAGUGGAGUCGUAAACAGUACCUACCCAUAGUUUAGUUAGUGUUGAUACGGUGAAUUAUGUAUUUUUGGUGACGUCAUCAAUUAAAUAACGCAAAAUGAAAGAUCGAACAGAAACCGAGAAAGGCAUUGAUAAACUGGGGCUUCCUCCCAUGACACUGGCGGAGUGUAAUGAAAACAACAAACAGCGCAGGGAUAUGCUUAUAUAUAACAUUGUUAGAAAAAUAUGUAUAUUUCUACUUCUCUUCACUAUCUUCGCUGGACUUUUAUUAUUUACGACACGACUCAUCGACAGUAUAGAAAAUUUCCGCACCACAGAAAUUGUAUUCGUUACAAGCGUUAGCAAAGGUUCAAAGGUCAUACGACAACAGGACGCAGUAGAAGUAUCUUUCCAACUGAAAAAUCACUCGUCUGAUAAACUUCCCAGCUUGGAAAGGAAAAAACGAGACCUAGAACACCACACUGCUGAAGACACAAUUGCGAAAUUCAAAGACGUAGACUAUAAGAAAGCUAGAGAAGUCAUUCUGAAUCAUAAUGUUUUAUGCAAUAAUGAAAACAAAAACGAAGUUUGUAAAAACAUUGUCAUGAAGUUGAAAUCAAUCACGGAAGACGGACAUAACCAAGUAGACAGUAGCAAAGCUAAAGACGUUCCGAAAGCAAAUAUUGAUUACCUAACUAAACGUGAUGCUCUACCGAUACCCGAUAUCGACAGAUUUGUUGAAAACCGUGACGCCUAUGGCCCCUCGUAUGCGCCUGAUCCAUAUUCUUCAUGGGUUCCAUAUGCACCACCUCAUUCAAACCAAGGUUUUGCACAUCCACCUUCAGACACUUGCUUACUUGCACAUCUUAUAAAACAACAGCAUCCCCAAGGUGCAUAUGGAUAUCAACCUGAAAAUUUACCUAAUCAGCAUUACGGAUAUCCUUAUCCUGAAACGCACCCUUUAUACCGUUCUUCGUAUACUGAGGAACGAAAUUCUGAGCCGGUCCACACACAACCACAUCCUCAAGAUAUAGAAAUAUUUAUGAAAUUUUUAGCCCCAAAACCACAGGUGACUUCCACGGGAAAACACACAAACGCAUCGCUCCGUGAUGCCCAAUGUCCAGAGGGUACUAUACCCUGUGACAACGGUGAAAGCUGCAUAACAGAAACUCAGUGGUGCAACGGACAUGUGGAUUGUUCCGAUGUCAGUGAUGAGUCGAGAUGUAGCUGUAAAUCAAGAGUCGAUAAAUUCAGACUUUGCGAUGGAUACUUCGACUGCCCAUUCGGAGAAGACGAAAUGGGAUGUUAUGGUUGCAGCGAAAAUGCAUUUAGCUGUGAAGACUUAGAUUUGAAUUCAAAGAGUACUUGCUUCACAAAAGAACAAAGGUGUAAUAAUAUUAUGGAGUGUCCGAAUAACAGGGACGAGAUAGAUUGUAAUAUGCUGUCACCCAACCUUUUCACAAAACCGCUAUUUGCAAUUUCCAACACAGAAGGGUUUUUACAACGUAAUUACAAAGGUGAUUGGUACGCUGUGUGUAAGAAUCCUUACAUGUGGGCACACGAUGCUUGUCGUCGAGAAACGGGACUCAUAUUAAGGCCACCCAUAAUACAAAUCAUACCAGUUGAUCCACUACUACGAAUGAAGUACUUGAACACCGGUCCAGCAGGACUUCACACCAGCGAUAUGUGUAUGAACUCAUCUGCUAUUUACAUCACCUGUCCUGAACUGCUUUGUGGCACAAGAAUAUCAACCACGUCCCAACUGCUGAAAGAGAAUGCAGCCAUCGAAAAUCACCUUUACGGUAGAAAUAAACGUUUUCUAGUAAACGGCCGCCCAUAUCCCUCCACGUAUAGCCAACGAGGAUCGCACGAUAAAGCCUCAUUGGUUAAAAGGAAGACAGCUAAAAAACCAUCCGAUGAUUUGAGAUUAAAACGGGCACAGAGUAGAGUGGUAGGCGGCAGGCCUAGCAAGCCGGCCGCGUGGCCGUGGGUGGCUGCGUUGUACAGAAACGGCCUGUUCCAUUGUGGAGGAGUGGUCCUAACGCAGCAGUGGGUUUUAUCGGCGGCCCAUUGUGUUCACGAGUUCUGGAAACACUACUACGAAGUGCAGGUUGGCAUGCUGCGUCGCUUCUCGUUCUCACCGCAAGAGCAGAACCACCGCAUCACUCACGUCAUAGUGAACCAGAAGUACGACCGCGAUGAUAUGAGGAACGACCUCUCUCUGUUACGCGUUAUGUCCGCCAUACAGUUCAGUCGAUGGGUGCGACCGAUAUGUCUACCGGGGCCGAAUACUGCAGGAAGGGACUGGAUGUGGGGCCCGCCACCGGGAACACAGUGUACUGCCGUCGGGUGGGGCGCCACUGUGGAGCACGGACCAGAUCCUGACCACAUGCGUGAGGUAGAGUUGCCAAUAUGGGAAACCUGCAAGCACUCGGAAGAUCGUCAAGGAAAAGAAAUAUGCGCUGGGUUAAUGGAAGGUGGCAAAGACGCCUGUCAGGGAGACAGCGGAGGACCACUUUUGUGCAGAAAUCCGUUAAAUCCACAACAAUGGUACGUGGCAGGCAUUGUAAGUCACGGAGACGGGUGCGCUCGCAAAGGCGAGCCGGGUGUUUACACGCGAGUCAGUCUGUUUGUUAAGUGGAUAAAGUUCAAUAUAGGUUCUAAAAAUUUACCUUCAAUUCAACCUUUACAAAAAUGUCCUGGAUUCAAGUGCAAUUCUGGAAUUUCGAAAUGUCUCGCUGAUAAGCGUGUAUGUGACAAAAUAAUCGAUUGCCUGAACGGUGAAGAUGAAAUUAACUGUAAUUCGAUGAGGUCGUUUGAAAACAUAUUUUUAUCUCGAAAUUCGAAAGAUCAAGACUCCGAAAAAACACAAAGCACAAUUAAUAAAAAACUUCCUGGAGGACUGAAGCCUGAUUCCAGCUCCACUAGUGAGGAAGAAAUAACAAAUUUAAAGAAAUUUCCAGCUAGAAGUAACAAUCCAUUGAAUGAAAAAUUAGCAAAUGAUUUUGAACAUGCAUCUACUAUGGAAAGGUCUAUUUCAAACAGCGAUGAAUUAGCUCGAGCCAGUACAGAAGAAGCUACCAUAGAUCCAACUACAACAAAUGAUAACGACUCUGAAUUUCCCAAGCGAGAUGAAACCAGUUCAUUCACAAUGUUUAACUCUAGAGUAGCCUUAGAGUCUAGAUCAGUAGUAUCAGAAAAUACUGUCAUACAAAACAAAUUGAAAGAAGCAGAAAGAGCUAGUGACAUUCAAGAAAAUUGGGCUAACUUAGAAUCUACAUCAACGAUUGCAACUACUGUAGCCAACAUGGAUCCAUUGGACCCCACGACGUCAACUACUGUAGAAACAACAUCUUCUACAAUUAUAACAACAGUCGCAUUAGAUUCUACACUUAAGCCAAAUUUUACCGUUGGAACAUCUUUUAACGCGCAAAAUAGUUCUGAUGACAUGAACGAAAGAGAAACCAAAUCACUCAAAGUAGAAUUGCUUCCACUUGCUGAAAAUAUUGCUCAAAAUAAUGAGGAUAACAAUCUUAAAACUGAGGUGCCUCAAAACAGAGAACUGCUUUCUACGAUGAAAUCAGAUACAGAGAAGCCUUCAGGUAAAACUUUUACCAGCUUCGAUGAAAAGCUGGACGUCAUCCAUAAAAUAGAAGAUUUAGUUUUAUCUGAAUUACAACCUGCAAAAAUAAGAAAGAAACAUGUAGCACCAAAAGAUUUUGAAUGCCGACGCAUAUAUCAAAUAAUACCAUAUAAACAUCGAUGCGACCACAAAGCUGAUUGUGAAGAUGGAACAGAUGAGUUAGCUUGCACCUGUGUGGAUUAUUUAUUUUCAUUCGAUAAAAGACUUUUAUGUGAUGGAGUUUUUGAUUGUGCUGAUGGGCAAGAUGAAAUAGAUUGUUUUAGCUGUCCAGAAGAUCGUUUCCUUUGUAGAAAAAGUCAAAUUUGCUUACCAACAAAACACGUUUGCGACGGAAAACCUCAUUGUCCUCAAGGCGAAGAUGAAUUAGAUUGUUUUGCUUUAACUAACGGGAAAGAAAUAGCCUUUGAUUUUAAUGAAAGACCCAAAACGCUUUUGGAAGGGUAUGUGACAAAGAAAGUCAAAAGCCAGUGGCAUGUUGUUUGUGAAGACAAUCUAACGACAGAACAACAGGAACAAGCUGCUGGUCAUAUUUGUCACUAUUUAGGUUUUAGCUCUGCGAACAGAUAUCGCCUGAAGCACUUAAAUGUAAAUGAUGAAAUACUAAGAUCUUCCACUGACGAUAGAUCAAAAAGAGAUAUUCGAAGUAAUGCCCGGGUACAUUUCACAUACCGGGACUCAAGUGCUAACGCAAACGCUAGAGACGUAGUCAUUAAAGAUCCACAGGUAUUAAGGGAACAAUGCAUUCCUAAUGUGAAAAAGACUUGUAUGACACUAUACGUGUAUUGCAAUAACGGUUUAUUUACAAACAUUGACAUGUUAUCUCAAAAUCUUUUGUUUGAACGAUCCGCGGUUGAUAGUACUAGCCUUGAACAGAUGUGGCCUUGGAUCGCUAAAGUCUUUGUUGAAGGAAAAUAUAAAUGCACAGGUGUUUUAGUCGACACAAGUUUGGUCUUAGUAAGUCACACCUGCCUUUGGGAUUCAUUCCUUAGUGAACAUCAUAUAACUGUGGUUCUUGGUUCUCAUAGAACUUUGAAUUCUACUAGCGGACCUUUUGAACAAAUAUAUCUUGUAGAUGGCAAGAAAGAAAUAUACCGCAGUAAUGUUAUUUUACUUCACUUAAAUGGAUCGGCACAAUAUUCAGCUAUGGUGAAACCCAUGGUCAUUCAAACUACAACGAUUCCAGAGGAUAAACCAUCAAUGUGUGUAGCGGUGGGUCAAGACGAAAAUAACAAAACUGUUAGUGUUGUUGUAGAAGAAACGAUUGAAAAUUGCCAUUCACAUAAUAAAUGUUUUAAAGUUAAAGAAAAUUCAAAACCUUGCUCUCCUAAAAUGGUGUCAAAGCGUGAGUGGUCAGGGAUCAUCAGUUGUCACACAGAACAAGGAUGGUAUCCCUCCGCGACAUUCGUCGACAGCAGAGGCGAAUGUGGAUCUAUUAACCACAUUACUGGAACUAAUAUCGAAAAUUUGAAGCUGGAAAUAAAACAUGCCAAUACAGAUGGAGCUUGGUCUACCAAAAAUUUGGUCUCCACUGAUAAAUGUGAAGGAGUGAGAUGUGGACGAGGUAAAUGUGUGGAACUCCGUAACGUAUGUAACGGCAUAAGAGAAUGUGAAGAUGGAAACGACGAAUCAGAACAGUCCUGUGAGAAGCGAAAUCAUAUCUGCAAGAAAAAUCCGUAUAGCAAAGGAUGCGAAUGCUCGAUCGAUCAGUUCAGGUGUCACAACGGCGAAUGUAUUCCCAAGGAAAAGUUUAACGACGGUUACGACGACUGCGGAGACCAGACCGACGAGCCCGCUGAGUCUACCUGCUCCAAGUACUUGGCCAGGGUAAUGCCCUCGGGGCUCUGCGACGGAGUACUGCACUGCAAGGACAGGAGUGACGAAGACCCCAUGUUCUGCAAAUGUUUCGCGAAUCGAACUUAUCCGUGUGGUAAAGUGAGUGAAAUAGAUCAUUGUGUAGCACCAGACGUGGUUUGCGAUGGUGUUGCUGAUUGUCCUAAUGGUGAAGAUGAACAAACCUGCAUGGGUCUUAGCGCUCCUCAUGGCACUCCGUAUGGCAGAGGUCAAGUCAUAGUGCGGUCCCACGGCGUCUGGCAUUCAAAGUGCUUUUCAAGACCAAAACACACGAAAUCCGAACUGGAAGCUAUUUGCCGUGAACUGGGAUUCAUCAGCGGGCACGCUAAAGAAUUGGACGCUGCCGACAACAUGACUCCAUAUCCUCACAACAACGUCCUAGUUGACGAAUUCAGUGACAUCAUACUGAACAAUAAGACCAGAAUACGACUUCGUAACACACACGAACCAUUGGCCAGAGCAAUUUUCGAUAACAAGUUAGAGAAUUGUUACCACGUUUUCAUAGAAUGCUUAUAAAACUACAUUACAUACUCAUACCUACCUACGAGGAAUCUAUUUUCAUAAGUCCCUAAAUAACGUAUAUUUUGAUCAGCAAUAUGAAUGACAACACAAUCAACAAUCAGCGUAGGUAUGAAGAAGAUUAUCGGGUAAAACUACAGAGUUGAAUUGUCAUUCCAAUUUUCAAUGUGAGUUAAUGAAAAUGGACCAGUUUCUCAACAAUAGAUGAACAGUUGAAGUGUUGUUACCUACCCAGUUGUAUAGAGCGUAGUUUGUUUUAAGUUUUGUACCUAUUUUAUUUAUUAAUUAAACUAAUUCGUGUGUUUCCA